CGUUAGAUGUCAGAGCUAGGCAGACUGGAAAUAACACAUGACCGUGGACUUUUAUUUUCUGACAACUUAAUAUAUAUUUAUAAUCAUAACAUUGAACAACUUUUAUAUAAAACAUGUUGCGGAUAUGGUGUCGGGCUGGCGGCGCCGUUUUAAAGCGCACUGUGCCCACUCUGUGGGUGACACCGGCCCAGCAGCGAUGGGCCUCCCACUCACCCGUGAACACAGUGGUCCUGUUUGUGCCGCAGCAGGAGGCCUGGGUGGUGGAGAGGAUGGGUCGCUUUCACCGGAUCUUAGAGCCGGGACUGAACAUCCUCAUUCCCAUACUUGAUCGAAUUCGUUACGUGCAAAGCCUUAAAGAGAUUGUCAUUGACAUCCCCGAACAGUCAGCUAUUUCCCUGGACAAUGUGACCCUGCAAAUUGAUGGAGUUCUUUAUUUGAGAAUCUUAGAUCCUUUUAAGGCUAGUUAUGGAGUAGAGGACCCAGAAUAUGCCGUGACUCAGCUUGCACAAACCACAAUGCGUUCUGAACUGGGCAAACUCACGCUGGAUAAAGUCUUCAGGGAAAGGGAAUCUCUUAAUUCCAACAUCGUCCAGUCCAUCAACCAGGCGUCAGACGAGUGGGGAAUCCGCUGCCUGCGUUAUGAAAUCAAAGACAUUCAAGUUCCACCUCGUGUUAAAGAAUCAAUGCAGAUGCAGGUGGAGGCUGAGCGUAGGAAGAGAGCCACAGUGCUGGAGUCUGAGGGGACACGGGAGGCGGCCAUCAACGUCGCAGAGGGUCGCAAGCAAUCCCAAAUCCUGGCUUCAGAGGGAGAGAAGGCCGAGCAGAUAAACAAAGCGGCUGGUUUGUGCAUUUCACUUUUGACAGAAGAACAACUGUUUAAGUGGGAUUUUUCCACGCUUGAAUCAUGUGAGGCCCUGGCUGUGUUAGCCAAAGCAGAAGCCAAGUCCAAGGCCAUUCGUCUGUUGUCAGAGGCUCUGGCUGAAAAGAACGGAAAUGCCGCAGCCUCACUGAGUGUCGCCGAACAGUACGUCUCUGCUUUCUCCAGACUCGCCAAGGACUCCAACACUGUGCUUCUGCCCUCCAGCACCAGUGACGUCAGCAGAAUGGUCACACAGGCCAUGACUAUUUACAGCACGCUAUCCAAGCCGACGUUAAAAGCCGGGAUCAUAAAGACCAAGAAGGAGGAACCAAGUGAAGGGGCUCCAGUCCAGUCAACGUCAGCACAGUAGCAGAGGACACCAUUACUGCACUAAACCGUAGCAGACACGGAAAAUAAAAAAAAAAGAGUCAGCCGUUUCCACAAUUAUG